UACCAAAUAUACCAAGAGCUAAAAUAUGCAAGAAACUUCAUAAAAGCAGAAAAAUCGAAGACUACACUACAACACAGAAAGCAAUAGAAGAUGCAAUAAGUGUAAAACUUCAAGAACUUCCUAAAAGACCAAAUCUAAUCACAGAAGAGAUACGAAAUAUCUUACCUUUUGAAUUACCAAUCAAAAAAAGGUCUUAA